AUGAUUUCUUUCAUGGCCACCAUUCAGUCAAUCACUUUUUGUCUCUUGUCGCUGUUGAGUGCAUCGAUUUCGAGUGUCGACGCGAUCUCCGUGCACGGCUCUCCGUCGAUCGCGCUUAAUUUCAAGGGAACGAAAUCAUCGAAUUCGCAUCCCAUCCCUUCACAAGGCCCAAUCACAUUAUGGUGUGCCACCGAGGGGCAAAAAAUUCUUUCGGCGAAUUUCACGCGACGAUCGGAAACUCGUGGAGGUGUUGAACGACGACACAUUGGAGUGGUGAAUGAGAGAAAUGCGACAUGGACAAUCAAUCAUCCGACGAUUCUCGAGGCUGGAGUUUGGGAGUGUCGAGUGGAGACACAGUUUGGUGUCGGCACAUUCAAUACCCAGAUUUAUGCCCGUCCGGUAGCCCAAGCGGAAGAAGGUGACUCAUACUCCGAAGACGGUCAGAAAGAUUAUCAACUUCAGAGCUUGCCGGUCGAGGUGUCUCGAGGUCAAUCAAAAAAUAUAACUUGUCCGGCUCUAGGACAUCCUGUGCCAACGAUUUCUUGGAGUAAAGAUGGACAUUCACUUGACGCUCGACGGGUGAACAUCUCUGGAAACACGAUAAUGAUCAAUAACGCAAGCGAACAGAAUGUCGGUGUUUACACGUGUCAGGCGAUGAAUGAGUUCAGCAAACAUCGAUACUUGUUGGUCAUCAAAAAGGAGCUCAAAUUGAAAAGCGAUUUGGCUUGGAUUGUGCCUCUUGCGGUGAUCUUUGUGAUCCUUUGCUGCCUCGUCACGGUCAUCUUUCUGUGUGAGAUUCGACGGAAAAAAAAUGAGAAGAAAAGAGCCGAGUCAGAAGUGGCGAUUUUGGAGGAC